CCAUGGGGCUCAGUGAUGGGGAGUGGCAGAAGGUGCUGAAUGUCUGGGGGAAGGUGGAGGCCGACCUUGCUGGCCAUGGACAGGAAGUCCUCAUCAGGCUGUUUAAGAACCACCCCGAAACUCUGGACAAGUUUGACAAGUUCAAGAACCUGAAGUCAGAAGAUGAAAUGAAGGCCUCAGAGGACCUAAAGAAGCAUGGCUGCACUGUGCUCACAGCCCUGGGGGUCAUCCUGAAGAAGAAGGGACAGCAUGCUGCAGAGAUCCAGCCUCUGGCCCAGUCACAUGCCACCAAGCACAAGAUCCCAGUCAAGUACCUGGAGUUUAUCUCAGAAAGCAUCAUCGAGGUCCUGAAGAGCAGACAUUCUGGGGACUUUGGAGAUGACGCUCAGGGUGCCAUGAGCAAAGCCCUGGAGCUGUUCCGGAAUGACAUUGCCGCCAAGUACAAGGAGUUGGGCUUCCAGGGCUAAGCCGCCUGCUCCCACUGCCCAGCCCACAAAGCUGGGACCCAGUGUCAUGUAGCAAGUAGAGUGUGCAGUGUCUUAGGUUAGCAGAGAACAGAAGAGGGGAACGUAGCAUGGCAUUCAGCCAUCUAACCCACACUCCUGGGGACAGGGCUCCAGGUGGCACCACCUGGAACCCAGAGGUGCAAAGUGACCUCUGCUUCCUCAGUUCUUUUGGGUCAUGCUCAGUCCUCCUGUCACCUAAAUCCCAAGCCCAACCCACUUCCUCCUGGUUUCUGAAAAAAUCUCUCCUCCCACUGUCACAUUUGAUCCCAAAUCCAAGUCACUGACCCUGACCUUUGACUGAGGUAGAGUGUUGCUUAGUGGGAAUAGAAGAGGGAAAGGAGGCGGUGGGCAUCUGGACAUCUCCUGCUGCUCAAGUUCCCACUGGCCCACCGUGUUUCAAUAAAAUACCCUGAAAUCCCUCA